UCAGUAGAUGCGGAAGUGGUCGGUGUAGCAGGGAAUGGGUCCAUCUCGGCUCCACUUACCUAUAGUACGGUUUCCCACACAGACAUGAGCUGUCAACGGUAGCGGCGCUUUAUUCGCUUACGUGGACCAGGCGGCGUAGAGGUAUUGCGCGUCUAUUCUCUCCCAGUAGUUCAAAUACAGAUAUAUUCAAACCAAACAAUAGUAAGCUACUGCUUAUCCCUCGCUUUAAAGAGAGGGCACGAGCUAGUUGCUAAGCUAAUGCUAGUAAGGUGUAGGAUUUCAGGAAGUUUCCACCUGCGUUACCUUCACCUGGCUCCUAUAAGCAUAGCCCGGGAGCUAACAGGCCGUAAAGCAGCAUAAGAUGCGUUUCAUGCUGCUUUUUAGCCGGCAGGGGAAGCUGCGACUGCAGAAGUGGUACACUGCCACGGCCGAGCGCGACAAGAAGAAGAUGGUAAGGGAGCUGAUGCAGAUAGUGCUCGCCCGCAAGCCGAAGAUGUGCAGCUUCCUCGAGUGGAGGGAUCUAAAGAUCGUCUAUAAAAGGUACGCCAGCCUGUAUUUCUGUUGUGCAAUUGAAGAGCAGGACAACGAGCUGAUCACGCUUGAAGUCAUCCACCGCUUCGUAGAGCUUCUGGAUAAGUACUUUGGCAGCGUAUGUGAGCUGGACAUCAUCUUUAACUUUGAAAAGGCCUACUUCAUUCUGGAUGAGUUCCUGAUGGGAGGAGAGAUCCAAGAUACGUCCAAGAAGAGCGUCCUCAAAGCCAUUGAACAAGCCGACCUCCUUCAGGAGGAGGACGAGUCACCCAGGAGUGUGCUGGAGGAGAUGGGCUUGGCGUAGUACACGGCAGGCUUGUGAGAUACUGUAGAUACUAAAGGCAGAGGGCUGGAUGGGAGGGGGCGGGACUUAGAUAUUUAAAGCUGGAGGGACUGAUGUACAGCAUUUGACUGGGGGGGAAAAACUCAGUUGAGAAUGGAGGAUACUUGCAUUGACGGUCUUUUUACCGUGUUUGUGUGUGAGACCUGAGCGUGGGGAUUUUUUUUUUGUGUGUGUGGAGGGGGGGGGGGGGGUUACAACAAGGCAGCGUGUGCUCAUGACUUCAGACUGAUGCUUUGAUGUAAAGGUCAACGAUACUGGGAUCUGAUGUCCCCAUUGGUUCCUGCUGAACACAUUCACAUUUAAUAACAGCCCACGCCCACAGAUUGUGUGUGUGUGUGUGUGUGUGUGUGUGUGUGUGUGUGUGUGUGUGUGUGUGUGUGUGUGUGUGUGUGUGUGUGUGUGUGUGUGUGUGUGUGUGUGUGUGUGUGUGUGUGUGUGUGUGUGUGUGUGUGUGUGUGUGUGUGUGUGUGUGUGGUAUUGGAGGGGCAACACUAGCCAUGUUUCCAUUGCGUUUUAAACAAUGUAGCUCUACCAGCCAUUGGACCAGGACACACAAGGCUAAACACACACACACACACAGCCGGUUGUGUAUAUCGAACACCACCAGACAUCUAAAGUAAGAUUCUCUUUUGAACUACACUGCUUUCAGUGUUGGCCAUCAUUCCUUUAGGUAGGGUGCAGGCAUAAAACAAGGACAGCAGUGCAGGUUAAAAGAACAAAGCAAAUGUCUGUCCAACAUUGAGGUACACAUGAGGGUCUUGUACAGUUUGUGUUAAGGCUCAUUUUGGUUAGUGAUACGCUAGGCUCUUGUUUUUGUAACUAACAAAGAGGAUCUUCCAUCUCCGGCUCCAGAGAUGUGUUUGUACUACUUCACCCUGACAUUCCUUUCCCUGUAUUGUUAGUUAUUUGAUCUAUACCAGACGUUUUAAAACGGCUGUAGACUUUUUCAUCAUAAUGGCAGAGCUGUACCUGUGAUUGGUCCGUCUUACCGAACAGGGCGGGUGAGGGUGAUGAAGUGCGUUGUGAACCAAAGACAUUCGAGAUUUGCGUCACCGCCUCGGAUAACUCGUUUACACGUGAGCCAUGCGUCUGCCCCGCUUGUGGACCACUGUGCCAGACGAGAUGGAAACGUCACGUCUGUCUUAUGCAAAUCAACAAAGUGCGUCUGAGAAUCACGCCCGCUUAGCCAUCCUCCAGACGGCGGGACGCCAUCGCAGAGAUGGAAUGAAAAGCUGGCGGCGAGUUGGACCUUGUUGCUCCGCUGGUUCUACUAACCUGUACGACAUAUUAGGACACAGGCUAUUUAGAGUAUAUAUAUUUUCUCCCCCCUACAUGCUUUAGUCAAUCUGAGUGAUUGCUUGUUACUGCUUGUAUAGAUUGCCCUGCCUUCUUAAGCCACAUGAGCGACCGCUAGCACAAGAACCGAGCAGGAUCACAUUUAAACGCUCGUCCUUCAUGUUGCAUCGGCGUUUUUUUUUAUUAAAACAAAGUGCAUUUCUUAAACAGUGGUACGUCUAAUGCAGCUUUGAACAGUUCUCCUGGUCAUGGGGCUGGCCUCAGGAAAUGCAUAAGCUUUGAGUUUAUGUUGCGUUUAUAUAACCUGAAUCCAGAAUAAACUCAACCCAUUGAAUCCACAUGAAUCUGCUUUCAUUCGUAUCAAGUUUAAAAUGAAAAAAUGAACCGUACUUAUUGUUUAAAAUUUUGGUGAGACAAAAGAUUAUGAAAAUAAAUCCAUUAGAGGCAAAGACAUCAGCACCCAAACUACUCGCACCUAUGACCCAGAAUAUGUGAACUGUUCCACCGCUGCUACCUACUUAGUGUGUGUACCUGUGAUACCUUACUUUGUGCAUGAUACGGUUACUUCAAGGGUUCUGUGGACAGGGAUGAGUGUGUUAGCUGUGCUAUAAAGUAGAUAAAAUAAAUCAGAUGGUGGCUUUGUAAAGCUCAUCAUUGACUAAAUAUCAUAUUUAUCAGAUGUCCCCUUCGGUCAAUUGAAAUAGUUGUCUGCAAGCAGUCUUAUCCAUGUCCACUCACCAAAUGCAUUAACAUAUCUAAAAUAUCCAUGAAUUUAUUUUGUUUUUAAACUAAAUGGCCAAGCAGUUGUCAGGUGAAGGGAUAGUUU